CGUUUUUCCUUCCCUCGAAUUCCGUUGGAGACGUCUCUUUCACACCUUUUAUUUUCUCCCCUUUCUGCUUCUCUUCUCCGUGUCUCACUCUGCUGAAUCAUUUUCGUUUCACAGAGAAAAAAAAUAAAAAUAAAAAUAAAAUAAACAACGCACGGAAGAAGAAGAAGAAAGAGGAGAACCUCGCCGUCGCCACCGCCAUGGAGUCCGGAGCCGCCACCGCGACUCUCUCCAAGAAGCUUUCGAACGGCUAUGGCGUGUCCGGAAGAUCCGCGUACGAAGGCGUUUUCGCUGCUCCGAUUAAGCACAGAGCACCGAGCUUCGCUUCUCCGCUCGGUGAUUACCGGGAGAUUUUCGGAGCCGGCUCCGGAGCUUGUUCAUCGAUUCCGAUUCUCGAGCUUCCGGACCUCAACGAGAUGAGAGCGGCGAUGGAUGACGUUAGCCGCUCGAAGCUCGAUUACUCGAAGGUCUUCGGUGGGUUCGGGGAUGUAGACGGUGCUGUGCCUCUCGAGGACCUGGUUGCUCAGACUAAAGUGGCAGAAGAUAGCUUCACCAGCAGAGCACCGGCACGGAGCAAAGUCAAAAGCGGAAACCAAUCUUACCAGGAAGAUCGUACUGAUUGUUCGAAGGAAAUUCCAGCAGCAUCACAGUCAUCCAAUGAUGCCAAAAGGAUCAAUAUGUCAUAUCAUCAAGUUAGCCAAGGAAGUCAAAAUGGAACAAGUGCGAAAACACAUAUAGCUCAAGUCCAUGCUGUCCCUGCUUACACCUGUUUAAGUGAAGAAGUCAACUCAGUGAAGACGAACAGAGCUAAUAAGCCUACUCCAGUAGCACAGGAUACUUGUUCUUCCAGUUAUUGCAAUGAGAAGAUAAAGGAAGGUGGACACUGUAUGGAAUCAUUUACUGGCCCUUCACCUGCUCAUGCUAAGAAACAGUCUACCGACCAUGGAGUUAAAGUUAAACAUAGGUCUAACUCUGUUGACCUGUCUUAUGAUGCUCGUGAGAUUAGCAGUGGAAGUAAUGUAACACAUCACCCCAAAGUUCCUCCAUCUGAGACUAUGGCAAGUAAGUUGGAUAAUAAAAAUAAUGGUGAUGCUAUGAGAUCAAAGGAAACCAAAAGCCAGACAUCUAAAAGUGGCGCACCUGAAAGUGCUACUGGUGCUGAUUCACCGUCAUACUUAGAUGAUGUGGUAGACUCAAAUUCAGUGGCUGCUGCUUCUGUGGCAGCUUUAAGGAAGGCAAUAGAAGAGGCUCAAGUAAGAAUGAAGGUUGCAAAAGAAUCAAUGAGAAGAAAGAAAGAAGGUUUUCCUGAUCGUGUCAAACGAAAGUCUAAUGUUGACUUGAUAGCUGGGGGAAGAAAGGGGGCUAAACUCGAAAAUAAAACAAUGAAACCUGAAGAGAUUAAUACAAUGCAAACAUUUGGAGAAAUGGAUGCUCUUAGGAAAGUUUCUUCUGAGCUAGGAAAGCCAAAGGUGAGAAUAGAGCAAGUAAGAUCAAAUCUUGGGGCUGAAGAAAUGUUUGUUGCUAAAGAAGCUGUACGAGAUGCACAGGUGAAAUUGAGAUCAUCUCAAGCAGAACAUAUGGAAGACAUUGAACAGAAAGAAGCAGAUCACAAAGGAAAAGUUCUUGAGCUUAAACAGGCUGAAAAUACUGAGAAAGGGGCGCGUAUUAAAAGCACUGGCAGGAAUGCCUCUGAGAAACCAGAAACACCUGAUCAUACAGUUAAAGUGAUGAAGGAAUCAGGUGCUUGUGAAGAACUUGUCCAUGAAGUAGAAUAUAGGCUUCAAGAAGUUGUGGAUGAAACAAAACUGAUUCAGGAGACACUUGAUAAUGCAACAGACAAGAGAAUGACGGUUAAUGAAGAUGGAAAUGUUGAGAAUAAAGUUACUCCUUUUCAUGAACCAGAAGACUAUGCAAGUAACCUGGGUGGGGAAGGGUUUAUAAUUGAAAAUAAAGAAAAAGUUGCAUGUGAACCAGAAGAUGGUAAAAUGGUUGAAGAGUCCUUGGAGCUGGAAGGAUGUCAAAAAUUCUUUAGAGCUACUGAGGAACUGGGAGAAGGUAAGAGCAUUGUUCAAGAGCAAAAAGGAAGUGAGGGUAAAGUUGAAGUGUCCAGUGGGGUGGAAGAAUGCGAAUUGACAGAAUUUCUUGAGCCAGUAGACAACGAGAGAGUGUGCAGUUUCCAUGGUUCAGACUCAAUAAGUAAGGAGAAUGAAAUAGAAAACGUGGGGGGUUUAGAGGAUAGAAAUAGAAGGAAUGAAUGUAGUUUUCUGGAUAUUAAUCAAGAGACGCGACAUUCCUGUCAGAGAGAUGCUAAUGAUGAUACAUUUAGCAAUGUCUAUGUGCAGGAAAUAAUGGAGGACAUUCUGGACCAUGUUCAUGAUGAUGAAGAAAUUUAUGAAAGAAAUGUAAAGGAUAGUGAAUUAGAUGGAAAUGGGACAGUUCAAGAUGCCCAAGCAAGCGAGGAUGAAUUUAAAGGAGCCACACAUCUGGAAGAUAGUGAGCGGGAAAGGAAAGACAAUGCGGUUCCAGUAGAAGUGAUGAGAGUAACUCAAACUGAUCCUAACUAUGAGGAGACAAGAGCAGGGGUAGCUGUCAAUGCUACAGAAACUAGUUCUAGCCAUGAUUUUGAUGAAACUAUGAAGUUGCACAGAACUCAGAUAGCUGAUACAAUUAUUGAAAAUGAUGAAACUCUUGAAGUAACUCUGGAUGAUAUAAUGAUAGCAAGUAAAGCUUCAUUUCAACAUCAAGAAGAAAAUGACUGCAAUCUGUCAAUGCUUGUUGAAGAAACAACUCCUGAAUCUGUAGAAGUAUGUAAGGAUACAAAGGAGGCUACAGUUGCUUCAAAUAUUGGUGAACCUGACAUGAAGGCUUGGCACAAUGAAGAUCAGUUCUUUGAAAAAGCAGAGAAUGACCGCAAUCCGCCAGUGCUUGUUGACGAAACAACUGAAUUUGUCGAAAUAUGGGAGGACGCAAAGGAGAAUACAGUUGCUACAAAUAUGGGUGAAACUGACUUAAAGGUUAUGCAAAAUCAAGAUCAGUGCUUGGGAAAAGCAGAGAAUGACUGCAAUCCGGCAGUGCCUGUUGAAGAAACAACUUCUGAGUCUGUAGAAACAUGUACGGAUGCCAUGGAGACUAGAUUUGCAUCAGAUGAAGAGAUAGAUGAGAAACGAUCUUACUCCUCUUCUGAGGAAAUUUUGUUUGACAAAAAAGACAAGAUAGACUCAUCUCAGACACCUGCUAUAUCUGAAUUGCAGUCAAGCCCCUACAAAAAAGAGGAGGUUAAAUCCAUGACAAUGGAAGAGAAGGAAGCCAUUGGUAAAUCGCAGAAGGCAGAGCUGGAAAAGGGACGCCGAAAAAAAAUUGAUGAAGCAAAAGAGAGGGAAAGAGAAAAAGGAAAGGAGAAAUUAGCUGUAGAAAGAGCAAUCCGUGAAGCUCGUGAAAGGGCAUUUGCUGAUGCUAGGGGAAGGGCUGCUCUGGAGAGAGCUGCUGCUGAAGCACGUCAGAGAAAUAUUCCUGAUGGACGAGAAAGGGUAGGUAAAAUCUCUAGUCAGGCAAAUGAGAAGACACCAGCUGAGAAGGCUGCCAUGGAAGCAAAACUUAAAGCAGAACGUGCUGCUGUGGAGAGAGCAACUGCAGAGGCACGAGCACGUGCCCUUUCCAGGGCACUAUCUGAGAAGGCUGCCUCUGAAGCAAGAAAUAAAUCUGACAAGUCUUUUGCAGAGAAGUACUUUGGAUCUUCCAGAGAUAAUGUAAAGAAGCAAAACUUCCAGUCAAAAUCUUUCAGCUAUGGUGGUCGUGAUUCUACUGAUGCAUUUGAUGGAGCUAAUGGUGAUUCUGCUCAGAGAUGUAAAGCCAGGUCCGAGAGGCAUCAGAGAAUAGGGGAACGUGUGGCGAAGGCUCUUGAAGAAAAGAAUAUGCGUGAUAGGCUUGUGCAGAAAGAGCAAGAGGAGAGAAAUAGGGUAGCCGAAGUUCUAGAUGCUGAUGUUAAAAGGUGGUCAGCUGGGAAGACAGGGAACUUGAGGGCAUUGCUUUCAACAUUACAAUAUAUCCUUGGACCUGAUAGUGGUUGGCAACCGAUUCCUUUAACAGAGAUAGUAGCCACAUCUGCUGUGAAGAAAGCUUAUCGUAAAGCUACUCUUUUUGUGCAUCCUGACAAGUUGCAGCAGCGUGGGGCAAGCAUUCAACAAAAGUACAUUUGUGAGAAGGUUUUUGAUCUUCUAAAGGAAGCUUGGAACAGAUUCAACAAGGAAGAGCGGUAAACAGUUCUGUCAUGGUGAAGACAAUUCUUUCAAGUGCAUUUGUUCAUCGAAAAGUAAACUUAGUUGAAAGAAGUAGACCAAUCUGGAUGACCUGCAAGUGGAAUUUGGAAUUUUCAGUAUAUAGCUCAUUCUGUAUUGUACAUUUUUUAUUUAUUUAUCCAUUUAUAAAAGGCAUUUAGUCAAGGAAUAAUUUUCGUAGAA